UUCUCACGACUUGAACAAUGCCGCCUCGUACCGCCGGUCCCCAUGGAAACCGUGUUUGCUUUCCGGACGAGAGGAGAGCUACCUGACGUCACAGCUGACGUGCUCAUGCGAGUGGGUGUCCCGUUCCCUCACAAGUAUGGCAGCUGGACUCGUUAGCGAGAUUAAUGAGGAGUUUCUAGUCUGUCAGAUCUGCUAUAACGACUUCGACCGCCCGAAGAUUCUUCCGUGUCUUCACACCUUCUGUCAGCCAUGCCUGGAGAAGCUUUUUGCCGCCCAGGCGGACAGGAACCUGUCGUGCCCCACCUGCCGGCAGGAACUGUACUUGCCCCCGCACGGUGUGCAGGGGCUAAAGGACAACUUCCUAGUGUCCAAACUCCGUGACGUCGUUACCAAACCAGGAAGACCGCCGGCAAACGCACAAGACGUCACCAUAUGCCGCGUCUGUUCGACUGGUACGGGCGCUACCUUCUACUGUGUGGACUGUCGGGAAUACCUGUGCCAGGUGUGUACGGACGCCCACCGCCGACUCAAGCUCACACGGGCACAUAACAUUGUAGCCACAGGCAACUCUAGUCCCGUUAUGGCUGACCGUGGGGACAACAACACUUCAAUGUGCACAAGGCACGGCGAAAUCAACAAAUUUCACUGCGACACCUGCCAUCUGGUAAUCUGUCUGCACUGUGUUGUUACCGCCCACAAGGAACACAGGUAUGUGGAAAUAGAGGAGGUGGCGGAGAGGGAGAAAAAGAACGUAAGGCGACUCCUGCCUGUAGCCCGGGGGAUCGCGUUUCUACAACAAGCUAAGCUCAAUGAAAUGCAUUCAUUGAAGCAGAAAUGGGACGCCCGUGUUGACCAGACUGUAAGCACUGUGGAGGCUCGGGCGAAACUAAUGAUAGACGCCAUACAAGAGUUAAAGCAAGCCAAAAUCAGUCAUAUCCAAGCGCUAUACGCGGCGAGUAAGAAGGAACUGGUUUCGGCAGUGCAGGCGGCGGAAGAGAAUCUCAGUUCCGCUAAGAGUUUCGUCCAGUUCGCGGAGAGCAUGGACGAUAAUGGCACUCCUAUGGAGGUGUUUACCCAAGCACGUGACCUCACAGGUAGACUACAGAGGUACAUAGACAAUGAUAAUAAGGGGAAAGUCGACGUUUCUAGUUCUUUGAUGGACAUUCAGUUUUCCUCAACUGUCACAGAGGGGGCAGAAGAACUGGACCGUCUGUUCGGCAGUUUGUCUAUCAGAGCGCCAAUGCCGGAACCUUGGCCGACUCUACCGACAAUUCCGUCUGAAACGCCUUAUGAAACGCCCAAGACUGUCGCCAAGCCUAGCCGGACGCUGAACCCCACGGGAACCGCACGGCUAUCCACAGCCUUGGGUAAGAGGGGGAGCGGGGACGGAGAGUUUGACUGGGCGGCGUCCGUGUUUGUCAACAACGAAGGUUUCAUCAUCGCGACGGACGUCCGGAACAAACGCCUGCAGGUGAUGGACGAGGAGAACCUGUACGGAACCAUUAACCUUGGCUUUGAACCGUGGGACGUGGCCUGCAAGGACAACGGCGACCUCCUGGUCACCGGAGAUGGACACUCCAUUCACGUGCUGGACAACCAAGGUAAGGAGAAGGAAACCAUCAAUGUGGAGGGGUUCAGGGAGAAGGACAAGCCCUCCCGAGGUAUCGCGGUGGACAGGCUGGGCCGGAUCAUCGUGUCUAUCGGGUGGCAGGUGUUCGUGCUGCUGCCGGACGGCACGCCGGUCCACACCCUCGCCUCCUCCUCACACCAGCUCUUCGGUAACCAGCUCCGCCUCACCACCAACAGCGACAGUCAAGUCAUCGUCAGCGACUGGAGAAACGAUAUUAUCAAGGUGUUCGGACAAAACGGAGAGUUCGUAAAAGAGUUUGGGCUGUACGGGUCCGGGGAUGGGUACUUCGACUAUCCAACCUCCGUCCACACGGACGACCACAACAACAUCAUCGUGGCGGAUAGCAAGAACCACCGAGUGUCGCAGUUCAGUAAAGACGGGACGUUUGUGCGCCACCUGUUGUCCCGGGAUAACGGGCUGUGGCACCCGCAAGGUGUGGCCAUCACUCCCGACGGGAAACUUGUCGUCUCGGACAGAAGCGAAAACAGUUGUGUCAAGGUCUACACUAUUGACUAAUCUCUGUGUUUAUACAUUUGGAAUUGCAUCAUAUUAAAAAUGGAAGAAAUGCAGGGCGUGGACAUCAUCCCGGACGGGAAACUUGUCGUCUCGGACAAAAGCAAAAACAGCUGCGUUAAGGUCUACGCUAUUGACUGAUCUCUGCUUUUAUAACGUUACAUUUCUCAAUUUGUAUCAAAUUGGAAGAAAUGGACUAACAAACAACGUGUGAUAAGCACUUGCUCAAUAUAUCCGUUUGAACUGGUUUUCAUUAAGGCGAACACCGCCUAUCUAAGACAUAAGUUGUGCCAAGUGGUGUAAUAUUAAUUGUGACGUUGACCUUCACCCUAGUUGUAUCGCCACAGCCGCUGGGGCCGCCCAACCACCUGUUGCAUAUUUGUCCUGUUUGUGUGAACUGUGAACGGUUUGCCUGUUGAAAAUUCCAUACCUGAACAUCAGACACCAUGUCCUUUUUAAGACAGAGGAAAAUUGUGUAAUUGAUCAUGACUUUAUCAUGCCAAUCACGUUCCAAUGUUGGUACGAAACCACGACCACUUUCCUGUCUCUGCGUCCGGUUUCCGGUUCUGAAUUCUCAAAAAUUACAAGUCAUCGGAAUCGGAAGGCAAAAACCUUUACUUCCCGGUUAAACUUUCAAUUUAACUUCGACAAAGUGCAACAAAGAAAGCAAACCUCUUUGACAAACGUAAACGUGAAAUAGAAGGGUAUUUAGAGAUGAUACGUGUCGUUUGGCGACAGAGAGGACACUGCGAAAGGAAGGGCACGAGAGUGCGUUUGUUUGCCAAAGGAAACAUGCCCUUUUGGUGCUCACGGUUCGCUUCCUGAGGAAUUAGAGCAGGCUUAUGUUAUGGAUCACGAAACUAUGGUGCUAUGUUUUAAAGUGAAUCUAUUGAAAAUACUUCUCAUUUCAAAAUAUGUCGACAGAAUAUAACCCUGAUAUGUAUGAUAUUUUUGGAAAUAAGAUUACAAAAAUUGACCCAGUUAUCUGGACUAUGUGCCAACAAAUGUAUGUAUGUUUUGGAAUAGAUCGAUGUACACCCAGUAUUAACAUGUGUAGCUUCGCACCUGUGUUAGCCUUACGCCGAGUACUUUUGUUGGUUAGAAUAACAUUAGUUGUAUCAACACAGGCACCUUACGAAGGUAUAAAUAGAAGCUUUACUAGGUGGCUGUUGUGUGUAGCAAAUAUUAUCCACGCCAUAUGAUAUGCUGGAGGAAGGCAUAUUGCGUGAUAUUCCAUUUGAAUGAUUUAGAGCAUCGACGUAAUGUUAACACGUUAGAGGUAGCAUAAAGAUUGAUAAUUAAAGAUAAGAAUCAACAGCCAAGUAACGGGUCAACAUAUUAAAAAUAUCCCACCCCUGCCGCAAGGUUUUAUUGUAAUAUCAGGCCCGGAGUUCGAAUAAGGGUGAACCUUGAUAAAAUCCUCUUAUACAUAAAUACUUAUCAUGAAUCUAACAUUCAAUGACGGACGAUUUAUAUCUUGACUCGUUAACAUCAUGUUCCUUGCACUUAUGGCAGAGUUCAUGACUGAAUUCCUCUGGGCCCUGGAGAUUAAAAGAAUAAAAAUAAAACUAAUAUCCGGUGUAUUGUUCAGUCACUUUAACUUGGCAAACUGCCCACAUCAGCACGAAUUACGUAGGUGUGAACUGUCAACUUCACUUGUUGCUUAGAGUUAGAAGCAGCAAUUAGGAAAAUCAACGUCCACGUCACUUUUCUUUCCUACGAGAUCUUAUCGACACUAAAAGCUUGGGAUGUUUUAUCCACGAGACCAGGUGCUUUAUUGACAUAACGGUACGGUGUUGUCUUACAGCAAGGCUGUUAAUGAUUGAUCAUGAUUGUGCCAUGACGUUGGUGGAAAUGAGAAGUUGCGUGAUCUUACUGCUCGUAAUUGAAUUUGUUGAGUCACUGAUGAAAAAUACCCGGCGCUAUCUGGGCA